UUUGCUAUUUUGGGUAUUCCUUGUUUGGUGCUUCAAGCCUACUGUAGUGCUGUACAGGAACAGCAAAAGGGAAAAUAAAAAGGUUCCAAAAUUUCUGUAUUUUCUUGUCAGUUGCCUUUUAUCAUGAAACUGUGAAGAUAAUAAUUGAAAGUGACUGCAACUGAGCCAUUUUCUUUUGUGUCAGGCUCAGUUUAGUGCAGGUUUUGAUCCUUUUUCCAGUUAGAAAUAUUAGGAAUUUCAUGUCUUUAAGGUUUUUCUCAGCUAGCAAAAACAGAGCACUGACGUUUUGCUCUGUUUGCUGAUCGGCAAUAUGUGAAACGCAAGGAACUUUCUCUGUUUUAUUCUCAAGAAAUUUCUUUCGAGAUCAUGUGCCUGCAUUCUGAUACUUUUUAAAGAAUUCAGAUUGAGCUUCAGCUUCUGAACUCGCUGAAUUCUAAUGCCAAAGAUAACGAUUUAGAUCUUGUGAUUGGUUAUAACAAAAUACGUCCGUGAUAUUAAUUGGAUAAAGUCAAUUUGUUUCUGGCUUUUAAUGGGGUGAAGCAGAUGAAUGCUGAGGAAAUGACAGGCUUUUGGUAGACCAUUUGAGCUUGCAUGGGAGGAUUUUUCCAUUUUCUUAAUUUCAAUCAGAGCAGCAUGGCUAGGAAAAUUCUUGCACAUAAGCAACAUGCUGAUGGAUUAGAAGCUCCUCGAAAUAGCUUGGAGCUGCAGGUGGAAACUUCUCAGAGCUGUUGUGUUGCAGGGGAUGUACAUGGUGAAGAAGACUGGUCCGAAAAGAGCUAUUAUCCAAUUGAGGGUUCAGUGAAAAGUUUGAUUAAUGAGGAAAUUUCCAAACAAUCUAACACCAGAAAAAAUGCUCCAAGUAUUGUGGCCCGGUUGAUGGGUGUAGACAUGUUACCAUUGGAUACAACAUCUGUAGUUCAGCCAAUUGAUAAAAAGAAAGAAGGCGUAAUAACAAAGCACUCGAGAAGGGAGAAAAAUGAGAGGAGCUCAGUCAAUCAUUUCUCUUCCCUUCCGAAUUCUUCCAGGCAUAUGGAAUUUGAUUCACUUUACCCUUCUAAAGAAAGAGAUGUUGACAGAUGGAGUAAUGGCCAGAAACUAGGAAAACCAAGGCCUCGAGAACAUCCUCAAGAGGAGGAGCUACAGAAGUUCAAAAAGGAAUUUGAAGCUUGGCAAGCCGCCAGGUUUAAGGAGUGUUCAAAGGUGGUUGAACUCAGCAGCAAUCCUUGUCAGUUGCUUGCUCAGGAAAACACCAACAGGCAGAAAAUGUUACUCAAUACAAAUCCUCUAAUUUCAACAAGUGAAGAGCCUAUAGAACAUAAGGGUCCUGCAUUAAAUGCAAGGUCAUUGGAAACAUCUAACUGGCAUCAUAGACAUAAGCUGGAAAUCUUCCCAGAUGAACAAAAGCAAUCAUUUUCUUCAAGAAACAGAAGCAUAAAUAGAAACUAUGAGCACUCAAUAAAUUACUAUCAGAAAAUGGAUAAAUCUCCUGCCUCCUCAAGGAUUGUGAUCUUGAAACCUGGUCCUAAUAGAAUUUGCGACUUUGAAGAGUCUUGGACUAGUUCCCCGGGUACUUUAGAGGACAGAGGUAGUAUAGAAGAUUUCCUUGAGGAGGUGAAGGAAAGACUGAAAUGUGAACUGCAAGGGAAAACACUUAAAAGGGGUUCUGUAGUUAGAGGAAGUGGAAUUGAGACCCCUUUUCGUGAAAAGCCAUCAGAUCCAAAACAAAUUGCUCGGCAUAUAGCAAAACAUGUCAGAGAUAGUGUUACACGGGACCUUGGAAUGAAUCUGCUCCGAUCAGAAUCAACACGAUCAUAUAGAAGUGAGAUUCAGUUCAGUGGACCAGGUUCUCCUGAGUUCAUCAACAGGGAUACUAGGAGAUUCUUGUCAGAUAGACUGAGGAAUGUACACAAGAGAGAAACACAUUCUCCAGCUGUUCCUUUAGUUGUUAGAGGCAGCUCUGCAUUAUCUCUCUUAGAUAAAGAGAAAAUCAGACUAGAAGAAGUGGAAGAUACUUCACCAGCUGGAACUUUGCCGAGCUACUGGGAAAUUGUGAAAGAUGAUCAAGAAGUGCAAACUAGAUCCUUCAGGCAUGGAGAUGAUGAUGGAGUGCUUCAUAGAGAAUUGUCUCCUAGGAACCUAAUUCGAUCUUUAUCGGCUCCUGUAUCAGGAACAUCAUUUGGUAAGCUUCUUCUCGAGGACCGCCACGUUUUAACUGGUGCUCAUAUCAGGAGGAAGCAUGAAUCUCUUGAAAAUGUGACAAUGGAAUCAAAAAAACUGAAGAACGAAAGAUUUAAUAUCAAAGAAAAAGUUUCCAACUUCAGGUACAGUUUCGCUCUUAGGGGAAGGCUAUUUGGCAAAAAGCUGCAAUCAAUGGUGGAAUUACAAGGUUUUGAGCAGGAUUUUGUAAAGGAUAUCAUGAGCGGGCCAACAGUUGUUAGGAACUUUGGCGAAAUACAUGUGAUGGAGAACUCAACUGAGGUGCCCCCAAGCCCUGCAUCUGUGUGCAGCAGUACUCAAGAAGAGUUCUGGAGGCCAGUGGAUUAUCUCAGCCCAGUAUCAACAUCUGAUGUCACUCUGGGGGAAGAUAGUACAAUGCCACAGCUGUUUAGAGAGAUCAGCUCUAAUCUGAAUGAACUGCGAAGGCAACUAAGUCAACUUGAGUCUAAUGAGCCAGAAGACUCGACGAUUGAAGAGGAACGGAGUGAGUUCAUAGUGGUAGAUGUGGAGGAUAAACACGAAGCUUACAUAAGAGAUUUGCUUGUUGCUUCUGGAUUAUAUGAUGGAUCAUGUGAUAAAUGUUUUUCAAGAUGGGAUCCACUUGGAAAGCCUAUCAGCAACUUAGUGUUUGAAAAAGUUGAAGAAUCUCAAAGAAACUUGGCCAAAGAUGAUCAAAAUACUAAUAGAGAUGACAAUGAGAAGAAGCUAGAUCACAAAUUGUUAUACCAUUUAUUGAAUGAAGCACUUUCAACUGUACUUGGACCCCCUGUGACCAUGUCCAAAUUCAGAAGAAAGAUUAUAAGUUCCUCCAUGGUGCCACCUCUACGCGGAAGGAAACUAUUGGAAUGUGUAUGGGAGAUGAUCCGCGUGUAUUUAUAUCUCCCAGAUGACAAAGCCUACCACUCACUAGAUAGUUUGGUCGGCAGGAAUCUGGAAUGCACUCCUUGGUUGAGCUUGAUCGACGAUGAGGUAAACGAUUUGGGAAAAGAGAUGGAAUGUAUGAUAGUGGGAGAUCUAAUAGAGGAAAUAGUGAAAGAUAUUCAGUUGUAGUUGUGUUUGAAUUAGUCUUGUGGAUCAGCAGGGUCACUUGUUAGAUGAUAUUAGAUAGACAGUAAGUAUACGAAUAUGUACAUGGCUAUAUCCUGAACUUGGGGAUUGCCAGAUCUUCUAGGUGAUUGCUGAAGUAGGAGAUUUAUUGUUCAUGUGUAUAUAUAAAUAUAUGUUUUGGACUGAGC